AUGUCUACGUGGGAGCCCGAGGAUGUGGACGUGGUGAUUCCCACCAUACGCAACUUGGAUUUUCUGGAGAACUGGCGCGGCGUUCUGGAGCGCUGCCACAUAAUCGUGGUUCAGGACGGGGACCCAGGCAGGCGCCUGCAAGUGCCUGACGGCUUCGACUGCCAGGUCUUCAACCGCCGCGACAUCGAGCGCGUGCUGGCGGACAGGGCGUGGUGCAUCUCCUACAGGGACUCCGCGUGCAGGUGCUUCGGCUGGCUGGUGUCGCGCAAGAGGUACAUCUACACGCUGGACGACGACUGCUUCCUACCGGGUCCGCCGCACGUGAGCAAAGACGUCAGCAGCCCUCUGGCGCGCCACAUGUCCAACCUCCUGACGCCCGCCACGCCCCACUACUUCAACACGCUGUACGACCCUUUCAGGGAUGGCGCGGAUUUCGUGCGGGGCUACCCCUUCAGCCUGCGGGACGGCGUGCCGACGGCCAUCUCCCACGGCCUGUGGCUGAACGUGCCGGACUACGACGCACCCACGCAGCUGGCCAAGCCGCUCGAGCGCAACAGGCGCUACGUGGACGCGGUGAUGACCGUGCCCAGGGGCAGCCUGUUCCCCAUGUGCGGCAUGAACCUGGCGUUCGACAGGCAGCUCAUCGGGCCGGCCAUGUACUUCGGGCUCAUGGGAGAGGGACAGCCCAUUGGUCGCUAUGACGACAUGUGGGCGGGAUGGUGCACCAAGGUCAUCUGCGACCACCUGGGGUAUGGUGUGAAAACAGGGCUGCCGUACGUGUGGCACAGCAAGGCAUCCAAUCCAUACGCCAACCUCAAGAAAGAGUACAAAGGCGUCUUCUGGCAGGAAAAAGUGGUUCCUUUCUUCGAGAACGUGUCUCUCACCAAGGGGGGCACGGACGCCCAGGCCUGCUACCUGGAGUUGGCUGCCCAGGUUCGGACCAGUCUGGCUUGUGUUGACCCAUAUUUUCAGAAGCUGGCAGAAG